AUGCCGCCCAGGUCGGUCCCUAGGGGCAUCCUCCGGCCGACUAGGAGUCUGCAUAGAGUCAUAGCAGCUCCGACCUCUCCCGCUUGUUUCUUUUGUUCUUAUUCACUGCCCACCGGGGCCGGCAGGUCAUCAACUUUCACACAGUCAAAGCCGCGAUUUGACUCCCGACGCGCUGAGUCCACAAUUGCGAACGCACCCGAGCCAAACCCGCGCAUAGAGCUCCAGACUGCCUUGACCGCAUUGCAGAGACAUGCGCCCAACUAUAUCAAUAUAUCCAGAGUCGAAUUGGCAUUGCAGGGCCUCCGUCAGGAUGCGGGCCGAGAAGCUGUGCGGCUGGCUAUUCUAGGGUUAGGGGACAAUGGUUCUGCUGGCCGUGCUGCAAAGGGUUUGCUACGCUCUAUGCUCGCAGACCCCCUCUCGUCGGAGCAGGAGUGGGAACGUCAAUUAGACCAACGGGACGAAACGCGGCCUCUCAUCAUUCGAAUCCGUCCAGAGGAGUCACAGUCCGACAGCGGCACUGCAAGGCUAGGUUUUGUGCGCCCAGCGAAUGCAAGGGAUAGUGCUGUCUUGGAGAUCCCCGUAUCGUCACCCACUCUUAACAAUCAUGGCCUGGAGAUCCUGCUGGCGACGGUAGGCUCCGUCGCACCCCCUGGCCAGAACAGCAACAGCGCCGUGUCGCUCGAGGAGGCAGCCCUUGCGCCUGCAAUAGAUAUUCCGACUUCGAGCACUGGCCGCUUCACCCAAAUUGCAACACCCGUACACAAGGCCCUGUUCGUGGCCGAUGGGGUUGCGGGUGCUUUGAAGAUUGGUUCUCUAUCGGGGUCGGGGCCGACAGAUGACAUUGCGGGCGCUGUGAAUCUCAAGUCAUGCGCUGAUGAAGACCUCGCCGGCUGUCCCUUCACGCGGAUUGAUGUUGAGUCCGCUCGGCAGGCGGUCGCUCUGUUCCGCGAGGACGUGGGCAACGCCAUGGAAUUCGAGGCUCUUUGGUUCAAGAGUAACGUUCCAGCAGCCAAGGAUUGGCUGCUCAAAGGUGCUUUAUCCAAUGAGGAUGGAACCACAAAAGCGGUUGUGAAGCAGCUUGUUGUUUCCAUACUCCGCAACGCCAUUGCGCGAAUCGAAGAGGACGAAGGCCGCAAUCUCUCGGUGGCGUUACAGCGUUCUACCACUGUAACGGAGCUGAACGCAGCUCUAUCAGAGUGGUCUGAGGCUGCUCACUCUGAGUUACGAGAGCAGCUGGAUGAGGCCUUUGCCGGUAGAAGAUGGCGCAAACUUGGAUGGUGGAAACUCUUUUGGCGCGUCGACGAUGUUGGCAUGCUGUCGUCCGAGAUGAUCAGCCAGCGAUUUUUACCCCGGGCAGAACAGGGGGCCGUUUACCUUGCUGGCGGUAUUGACGGGUCUGGACUGUUUGGGAAAAUGGGACAGGUCCCCAGCUAUCAGGUGCCAGCUCGUACAGCACAUGCUGCUGAGGCUGCAGUAGCCUCUCCAGCCACGACAAAAUGGCCUGCACACAUUGCAGAGACGAGAAACUAUCUCUUAACAAAGAGUGUGCCGGCGCUGCAGGCACUGGCACAGCAACUACUCAUUCAGACACUUAGCACCACGACACUUACUACGUCCCUGGGCGUGCUCGCAUACCUCUCUUCAUUUGGAGCAUACGAGGCUGGAGCCAUAGCAGCUCUCGGCACUGUAUUCAGUCUACGAAGGAUGCAAACAAAAUGGGAGACAGCUCGAGAGUACUGGCACGGGGAGGUUCGCGAGGAAGGUCGGAAGGCUGUAAGGGCUGUGGAAGCAAGCAUUGAAGGGUUUCUAGAGCAAGGGCGAGCUGGCGGUAACGAUGCUAUCAGUGCAGAAGAGCUGAGGAGGGCCAGGGAUUUGGUGAAUACCGUCGAAGACGCACUGGAGAAGCUCAGGUAA